AUGGCUCGUGAUGCUAUGAUGGCAUACGCCUACUACCUCUAUGAUUCUCCCUUGGCCGGUGCCCCCUCGAUGGGACUCACCACAGUUCCCAUCCGAUACGUCGCGCCUCAAGACGACACCAUUGAGAACAUCUAUCGCGGUCGCCUGCUACCGCUACUUCUGACCCUCGUACAGUAUCAUCCUAACCAUCUACCCAUCUUGCUACUCCUCGCGUGCACGUAUCACGUCCUCGGGGAUUAUCAUCAUAGCCUCUCCAUCAGUCAGCAAAUACUCUCUCACGACCCCGAGUAUGUCGAAGCAAUGAGUAAUAUCGGCACGACUAUGAAAGCUCUCGGGCAGACUGAGCAGGCAUAUGAGUGGUGGUGGAAAGCCCUCCAGCUCCGUCCUACGUAUGGGGACGCUCUGGACAACAUCCUUGGCAUGACAUUUCAACUAGCCCACGGUACGUCGGACCAGGGCCGACGUCUGGCCUACUAUCGGCAAGCUCUAGGUGUCUGUCAAUUCGUGCAAAGACACGUAUUCGACGCCGACGGCCACCUAUCCGCUUCCCUCCGACCUGACGAAGUCCCUCGUCUACAACGAGCUAUCUUCACCAGUGGGACAAUUUACUCGACUCUAGGCCCUACGAAUACGGGGCGAGCUGUUUCUGAGCUCGCACGAGCUAUAGAGCUUGUCAUUCGACCCCCGCCUCCACUCUCGCACUUCGAGUUGUACACUCUGCGCGAUUUGUUGCUCGCUGCUUGUGUAGCGGGACACAUUAUGUCUUCUUCUGCCAAUUCUCCUGGAAUAAUCGAGCUGUCCGAUAUCUUCCAAGCCGACGUGAGCACAAGCCUCGGCGAUCCUACUUUCAACCUCCUCCAUGUCGUCCGUACUUCUGGCGAUCAGCUCCUCCACACGCUCCUUCGCGUCGGUGAUGGAAUACUUCCUACUCCUCUGCUCGUCCCCGAAGAAGUGGUCCGUCUCCAGCCUCUGCUCUUUCCCUGGUCCAAAGGCGUGUUCCCUGCCAUUUGCACUCGUACGGCGGACGGCGACUUGGUUCCACCAGCAGACAGCACGCUCCAGCAGACGAAUGGGAUGACAAGCACGGUUUUGCUUACGCUCGCGAAACGCUUCCAGGAGAAUGCCCUGGCUAGCACGGUCUUUCCCGACACCGGCGAUGGUCUGAGGGUGAGCACGACCGUCGUCGUCCUUCUCUACUAUCUCGCGCUUUCACGGGCCCCCGCGCCGUCGACGUACAAUAACCUGGGCAUUGUAAUAUCAGGGAUCGCAGAGACGAGGAGGGGGCCGGGUGGAGAGCUGCUUGAUGGGACAGCUCUUGCGCGGAUCUUCUACAGCGCGGGUCUAAAGAUCGAACCACAACAUCCACAUUUGUUGACAAAUUUGGGCUCCUUGCUGAAGGAUCAGGGUCAGGUAGAGCAAGCCAUCAAGCUUUACAUGAAGGCGAUCGAGCAAAAACCUGACUUUGACAUCGCACUUGCGAACCUAGGAAACGCAAUCAAGGAUAUCGGCCGUCCUUGGGAUGCUAUCGAGUACUACCGGCGUGCAGCGGCUGUAAACCCCUCACUCCCAGAAGCCGUUUGCGGUCUCGUCAACUCUCUGUCUGCCAUAUGCGACUGGCGCGGGAGAGGCGCAGUCGAGAACGAGGUUGGCGUGGAUGACUCCGGCCAUGUCAUCUCGUCGGAGCCACCUCUUCACACAGGUUGGAUGGCAAGAAUGGUGUCGAUCACCGAUGAGCAAAUCAAGGAGGUCUACCUGCAGGGCAUCGACGGAGCGCACAUUCCGACCGUCGUGGACGACUGUAUGCGUGCUCUAACGAUCAUGAAGGACCGCCUGCUCCGCCCAGGCGAAGCAGCUCUAUGGCGAGCGCGAUUCCACCUCAUCGCGGGCAGCGGAGCGGAGCUGGCCGAGAAGCACGUAAAUGGAUCGGGCUUCCUGAUCCGCUUCAUUGAUUGGAUCAUACCGCAGAUGCAGCGCAGGUGGUACGUCAAGGCAUACGGCAAGACCAUCGCGCUCGACCAAAUUGUCCCUCUAGUCGAGGAUCACUUCACUAGCGUUUUUGUCCGCCCUAAGUUUCCCAAGACAAUGCAAGUUCCGCUGGUACCGUCUGUGCUCCCCUUUCACACUUUCACGUAUCCGCUUUCGCCUCGGGUCUCUCGACUGAUUGCUCAUCGAAACGCGUUGAGAGCAUCGUACGUGGCUCUCUCGCAACCGUGGAUGCCAAGUCACGUCUGUCGACCGCCGAGACCACCAGUCCAGGGCAAACUCACCAUAGCCUACAUCUCUAACGACGUGAACAAUCAUCCGCUGUCUCAUUUGAUGCAGUCCGUCUUCGGAAUGCACGACAAGGAACAGUUCAACGUGCUCAUCUAUUCAACAAGUCCGUGGGAUGGUACCGUGUAUCGUCCCCGGAUUGCGAGUAUGGUGGAGAAUUGCUUCGACGUGUCGGCGUGGUCACUCAAGCAGAUCUUCAAUCACAUUCAGCAGCAAGAGGUCCACAUCCUCAUCAACUUGGGUGGCUACACGAAGGGUUCUCGGAACGACGUCUGCGCAGCGCGGCCGUGUCCCAUCCAGAUGCAGCUGAUGGGCUAUCCGGGUUCCCUCGGCGGAAAUUGGUGCGACUACCUCGUCUGUGAUCCAAUAGCCUGUCCACAGGACCUGUCGGGGCCGGAGCGAUGGCGCAGUCUGCGAACCGCCGGGGACAACGUGACGUCGAGCUCUCAGAGCACACAAUCUAUAGAGACGCCGCUAGACCUCGGCGCGGACAUAGAUCCCGAAGAUAUAUCGAACGAGUGGGUGUACACCGAGAGAUUGCUAUACAUGCAGCAUACUUUCAUGGUAGCCGACCACAAGCAAUCCUAUCGGGGAGAUGAACACAUCAGCGCAGAGGACCGUGCGCGAAUGUCUCCCGAGACGCUCUGGUUAGAAGAGGAACGAAGGCGGGCGGACGCUCGCAGGCACUUGUUCCCUGAUGUCCCUCAAGACGUUGUCAUCUUCGCAAACUUCAAUCAGCUCUACAAAGUUGAUCCGAGCAUCUUCUUGGUUUGGGUUCGCAUACUCCGCAAAGUCCCGCGGAGUAUCCUCUGGCUGCUACGUUUCCCUAGCGCAGGUGAAGAGCACCUCCUCCGUUCCGCUAGGCUGUGGGGCGGGGAUGAUGUUGCGUCGCGUAUCCACUUUACCGACGUAGCCAAGAAGGAUUGGCACGUGUAUCGCGCACGGGCGGCGGAUAUCUUCCUAGACACUGCGGAGUGUAACGCGCACACAAUUGCUGCUGAUGUGUUAUGGACAGGGACGCCGAUCCUGACAUGGCCCAAGCACCGGCACAAGAUGUGCUCCCGCGUGGCUGCGAGCAUGCUUCAAGCGACAGGCUUUGCGGACCAUAUGAUCGUUCAUAGCGCUGAGGAAUACGAAGCUCGGGCCGUCGCGCUAGCCCACAGCAUUCGUUAUGUUCCUUAUCACGAACCCUCAAGAGCGGUUAUCCCUAGAGGCCAAGGAGAACUGAUGAACCUUCGCCGCAACAUUUUCUUGAAUCGAGAUAACAUGCCGCUGUACGACACGCUCCGUUGGACGAGGAACUUAGAAAAGGGCCUUCGAGAAGCAUGGAGGCGAUGGGUGGAAGGAACGCAGUACGAGACGUCCGACGAGUGGGAGGCGUGCGACGGCCCGGAGAAACGGAGUAGCUGCAUCUGGGUUCAGGACGACGACCCAGUGAAUAUUGUGACGCAUUCUGACUAAUGACAAC